CAAGCCCAAGAGCUAGAGCCACAUAAGGAAGUACCAGCUUUCUUUAGGACCUCUACAUCUCUGUUCUCUUUCGUGUGAUCGUCCCCAUGGAGCGUUCCCCUCAUGCCUUUCUUUUGGCUUUCCUACUGCUGGGCCUUGGAAUGUUAAUCCAUGGAAUUCAUGCUCAAAGCUCUCCCCAAGACUUCGUUGAUGCUCACAACGCUGCUCGUGCCCAAGUUGGCGUCGGUCCAAUCUCUUGGGAUGACACCGUUGCAGCCUACGCCCAGAACUAUGCCAACCAGAGGAUUGGCGACUGCAACAUGAUUCACUCUCGUGGCCCGUAUGGAGAGAACCUCUUCGGGGGCUUUGGAAAAGACUACUCUGCAGCAGAUGCCGUGAACUUGUGGAUUGCCGAAGCAAGUGACUAUGACUACGCCACCAACACCUGUGCCACUGGAAAGGAGUGCCGGCACUACACUCAGGUGGUGUGGCGCAACUCGGUGCGGCUGGGCUGCGCUAAGGUCACAUGUAACAAUGGUGCCAUCUUCAUUACCUGCAACUACGACCCUCGUGGAAACUUUAGAGGGGAGCGUCCCUACUAGUUGUAAAGGAUGUACCCCGCGUUUGGCUUGUCCUUCUGGGUAUGUAAUAAACGGAGUAUAGAAUAACUUGUAAGGGUGGACGUUGGCUAGCCCUGAAGAUAUAUCCUACGAAUGUUCUCCAACGUCCUCUGUUGCUUAAUUUAUCUGUCUGUCAAAUAGUAUCUACUCAUUGUAAUAAAAAUUGCACGCUUUUC